AUUUAAUCCGUGAAUAAUUUACACAGAAGAAUAAUAAUAAUAUCCAUCACAGCAGAAGCCUACCAUAGCAAGGGCUUCUCCACCCUUUCUCUCAGAGAGGGUUUGCAGGAAAUCUAUUAAAUGGCCGGAAUGCUGGCGUGGAAUCCUUCUCCUGUCUGUACAAUUAAAAGAAAUGACCAGCUCCACGCCGCGGGGAUUCGAACGCGGGACCUCCAGCACGCUCGCUGUUAUAAAACCCGAGUUAAAAUUGAUGCUGCCGGCCAUAAAUUCCGUCAAAGAUCUAGGCGGUUGGAAGACAAUGGAGACUCACCCUUUUCCUCAAGUUUCAAUGGAAUCAGGAAAAAAUCAAAGAUGUGGGUUAAGGAACCAUACUUUAUAUCCAAUUUCCAUGAGCCACAAAAGUAUCCUUCAUGUACUGGGAGGCCUAUUCAUCAUCACCAAGUUGUUCGGGGAAAAUCUCAAUGGAAUUCUUCAUUUAAAAAGUCUAAUUUUCUUGAUUGGCGGAUGCCAUUGAUGCGAUCUCAUUUCAGUUCUCCUCAUAUAUGCUCAACUAUAGUUCCAGCAGCAACAGUAGGUCCCGAUGAGCCACAUGUUGCAAGUACAGCAUGGCCUGAUGAUGGAUUGCUGGAGAAGCAAGGUCUGGAAUUUUGGGAGAAUGAAAUCAAAGGAGUUGAUUUGGAAGGAUUCUUAAUCUCUAAACUUCCAUCUCAUCCGAAGGUUUACCGGGGGCAACUUCAGAAUGGACUCCGAUAUGUUAUUCUCCCAAACAAAGUUCCUCCUAACAGAUUUGAGGCCCACAUGGAAAUCCAUGCUGGAUCUGUUGAUGAGGAUGAAGAUGAGCAGGGUAUCGCCCAUAUGAUUGAACAUGUUGCUUUUCUUGGAAGUAAAAAGCGUGAAAAACUUCUAGGGACAGGAGCUCGGUCAAAUGCUUAUACAGAUUUUCAUCAUACUGUUUUUCACGUUCAUUCACCUUUCAUGACUAAGGAUUCAGAUGGACCUUUGUUGCCUUUUGUGCUUGAUGCUUUGAAUGAAAUUGCUUUCCAGCCUAAAUUUCUUUCUUCUCGGGUUGAGAAAGAACGGCGAGCUGUUCUUUCUGAGCUCCAAAUGAUGAAUACCAUAGAAUACAGGGUUGACUGUCAGUUGUUGCAACAACUACAUUCAGAAAACAAGUUAGGGAGCAGAUUUCCGAUUGGAUUAGAGGAGCAAAUAAAAAAAUGGGAUGUAGAAGCAAUUAAAAGAUUCCAUGAACGUUGGUAUUUUCCUGCAAAUGCAACUCUAUAUAUUGUGGGCGAUAUAGAUAGUGUUCCGAAGACAGUUUAUCACAUUGAUGCUGUAUUUGGGCGAACCCCUUCUGGAAGUGAUUUCUCUGUAGCACAGCCACCGAAUGCAUUUGGUACAAUGGCAAGCUUUCUUGCACCCAAACUACCAAGUGCAUUAGCUGGUGCUGUUAUUGGUGAAACACCAGCUCCUUUAGGAGCACAACAGUCUAAACAGUUGAAAAAAGAAAGGCAUGCAGUAAGACCACCUGUCAAGCAUAAAUGGUCUUUACCUGGAGCUGGGCAGGAAUUCAAGAAGCCAUAUAUUUUUCAGCAUGAGUUGCUUCAAAAUUUUUCUAUCCAUUUAUUCUGCAAGAUCCCUGUGUCAAAGGUGCAAACAUAUGGUGAUUUGAGGGAUGUCUUGAUGAAAAGAAUUUUCCUUUCAACUUUGCAUUUCCGCAUCAACAGUAGAUAUAAGAGUUCCAAUCCUCCUUUUACUGCAAUUGAAUUAGACCACAGUGACUCAGGGAGGGAAGGUUGUACAGUAAGCACACUCACAGUGCAUGCAGAACCAAGGAAUUGGAAAGAUGCUGUGAAGGUUGCCGUUCAGGAGGUUCGGAGGCUGAAAGAGUUUGGGGUCACAAAAGGGGAGCUUACCAGAUACAUGAGCGCUCUUAUUAAGGAUAGUGAGCACUUGGCAGCAAUGAUAGAUAAUGUCCCAUCUGUUGAUAAUCUGGACUUUAUUAUGGAAAGUGAUGCAUUAGGCCAUACUGUAAUGGACCAAAAGCAAGGUCAUGAAAGUCUUCUUGCAGUUGCAGAAACAGUAACGCUUGAAGAUGUUAACUCUUCUGGAGCAAAAGUCUUGGAGUAUAUUGCUGAUUUUGGGAAACCUACUGCACCUCUUCCUGCAGCAAUUGUUGCUUGUGUACCAAAGACAGUGCAUCAAGACGGUAGUGGAGACGUUGAAUUUCAGAUAUUUCCAGAGGAGAUAACUACUGCUAUUAAUGAAGGUCUGAAAGGACCUAUAGAACCGGAGCCAGAGCUGGAGGUGCCUAAGGAACUCAUAUCAACAUCACAGCUGGAACAUUUAUGGUUACAACAGAAGCCAUCUUUUGUUCCAAUCGACAAGGAUAGUACUGUUGUGAAACUUGUUGAUAAGGACACAGGGAUAGUACAACGCCAACUUUCAAAUGGUGUUCGUAUAAAUUACAAGGUUUCCCAGAACGAAGCUAAAGGGGGUGUUCUGAGGCUAGUUGUCAGUGGGGGAAGAGCUAAAGAAACUCCUGAUGCCCGAGGUGCAGUUAUUGUAGGGGUUCGCACUCUCAGUGAAAGUGGAAGAGUUGAUGGAUUUUCAAGGGAACAGGUGGAAUUGUUCUGUGUCAACCACCUGAUUAACUGUGCUCUAGAAUCUACUGAGGAGUUUAUCUGUAUGGAGUUUCAUUUCAAUCUAAGAGAUGGUGGAAUGCGUGCUGCUUUUCAGCUGCUUCAUAUGGUGAUUGAGCAUAAUGUAUGGCUGGAAGAUGCAUUCGACAGGGCAACACAGCUUUACUUGUCACAUUAUCGUGCCAUGCCGAAAAGUCUAGAGCGAGCAACUGCUCAUCGACUUAUGCGUGCCAUGUUGAAAGGGGAUGAACGCUUUGUUGAACCAUCUCCACAAACAAUUCAGCAACUGAGCUUACCUGUUGUGAAGGAUGCUGUGGUGAAGCAGUUUGUAACUGAUAAUAUGGAGGUUAGCAUUGUUGGAGAUUUUACAGAGGAGGAUAUUGAAGGUUGUGUACUGGAUUAUUUGGGCACUGUAACAGCUCGUAAAAGUGACUUAAAAGAUGCUAAUGAAUUUCCUAUUACAUUUCAAGCUUCUCAUACAGACCUACAAAGCCAGCAGGUUUUCUUGAAGGAUACUGAUGAAAGAGCAUGUGCAUAUAUUGCUGGCCCAACUCCAAAUCGCUGGGGUUUUACUAUUGAUGGUCGUGAUUUAAAUGAUGUCAUUGAACCAGUUCCUAAUUCUCUGACAGAGGAACAGGCACGGGUACUUGCACCUAAUGAAAUGGAAGUGAUGAAAGAUGCUGAUGGAAAAUUGUUUUGGAAGAAAAAAAAUCGUCAUCAUCCCUUGUAUUGUUGUGUGACACUAACCCUUCUUGCAGAGAUAAUCAAUUCAAGGCUUUUUACAACUGUCCGAGAUUCUUUAGGCUUGACUUAUGAUGUUUCAUUUGAACUUAACCUUUAUGAUAGACUGAAGUUUGGAUGGUUUGUCAUUUCUGUAACUUCAACUCCAGCCAAGGUUUACAAAGCUGUGGAUGCAUGCAAAAAUGUUCUUAGAGGUCUACAAGGUAGUAGGAUAACUCAGAGAGAGUUGGAUAGGGCAAAAAGAACUUUGCUGAUGAGGCAUGAAUCUGAUAUUAAAUCAAAUCCUUAUUGGUUGGGACUGCUUACACACUUGCAAUCUUCUUCUGUUCCCAAGAAGGAUAUUUCAUGUAUCAGAGAUCUUGCUUCUUAUUAUGAAUUUACAACCAUAGAUGAUGUGUACCACACAUAUAGCUACUUGAAUGUGGAUGAUGAUUCAUUAUUCACCUGUAUUGGAGUAGCGGGAUCUCAAGUUGGCGAAGAUACAGCCGGGGUAGAAAUGGAGGAGGAAGGAGAUGAUGAUCAACAAGGCUUCAUACCACUUGGCCGAGGUUCAACUACUAUGACUCGUCCAACAACAUAAUGAGCUAUUUAGCGGAGGAACAGUUAAGGUUGUAACAAUUCUUCUGCCAUCAUCAUUUCAAGAAAAGUCUCUGUGUACAUGGGCUGUCAAAUAGUUUUAUCGGGAGAUUUUCAGGAAGAGGAUCUUGAAGAUUGAUGGAUAUUGCCAAACCCCCCAAAGUUCCAUGGCAGUUGGCUAAUGUCUUCAACAAAUGUCUCUCAGUUGAACUGGCAAAUUUAAUUUCAGUCCUACUUGGCUAAUAUAACUGCCACUGUAUUUGUAUCUUAUGUUCAUUUUCUCGCAUUAUUUUUUUGACCUGAUAUAGAAGAUUAAUUUUGACAAAAUUAUCAUUAGAUGAAAAAGUAUUAUAGUUCACCCAUUAUACUAGUUUCUUAAUUUUUAUUUAUAGAUAGACUGUGUUGGCGCAAAAAUUCCCAAGGUCCUAUUUUGUAAUGACAUAAUACAUGUCUAAACACCUAAUCUAGGUAUCCUCCAGCAGGUUCUCUUAUAGGCUUCAUGUAGUACUCAUAUCUGUUUGUUGUAUGUACGUGCCUGUUUGUUUGCUAAUAAGGCACAGAGAAAACAUUUGUAUCAUUAAGGUUCGAUAUACAAGAACUUGCCAGUGAUUGAGAUUCUAGAUGAGAAAAUAAAUAAAUCCUCGGGUAUAAGUUGUUUGUUUGUA